GUGUUUAGAGUUCACCAAUCAGCAGUCUACAGACACUCGCCGACACAACAAAUCGUCUCGACAUCUCGAGAGAAUUCCUUUCUGAACCAAUCUCCACAUCUCCUUACUCUAGUCGAUUCUCCGCAGACUGCCGGAAUGGCCUUUGUAGCGCGUCGGAGUAGCGAUGGCUCGGUGGUGGAUCGUCAGCAGGUGUCUGGUCGGCGCACCAUGCAUCCGCUGUCCUUGUCGGAUGUUAGUGACGAGGAUUCGGAAUCGGUGCUCGGCUAUACGAACCGGACAUACGGAGCUCCCACCGUGAGAUUUGUGGGUCAGGGAGACGGCGAGACCGAGAUCGAUGGCGAGGUGGAACCCGAACCCAAAGAAGCGACUGAGGACUCUCUGGAGGAUCCAGCCGACGUUUCGGGCAGUGAAACGGAUUCGAUUCUGAGCUUCUGCAAUCAACUGGAAGAGGAGGAGGCCAUCGAUGCCUUGCGUAGUCGCAUGAUGAACUUCACAGACGAGGAUCCGGAGGAAUCGGGUGAUGUGCCUGCAGAGGAUGUGGAUCAAAAGAGCAUGGACAAGGGGGAUGAUGCGGCUGUCACGGACACGGAGACCGUGAUGAACUUCGACCAGGAUGUGAUGAGCCUGAGCUCCUUCGACAGCUGCACGCCAACGGUGACGCAGCGCGGUGAGGAAAUGGAAAACCUGGACAAUGUCAGCGGCAGGACCUUCUUCAAGCAGGACACGCUGGACAACGUCAGCACCAAGACGUUUUUCAAGCAAGACAAACUGGAUGGCCUCAGCGGCAGGACCUACCACAAGCAGUCUGCCCUCAAGGAUAAGAGACUGCCAUCACCAGCGGACCUCGAAUUGGAUCAGCUGUCUAGUCGCACCUACAAUCUGAGCAACGCUGGGAGUAACAGGGGCAGCAAUCGCCUCCACGACGGCUCCUCCAUGUCCACCUGCAGCUGGUCGGAGAUGUACGGCGGUGCCCUGCAGCCCUCCGAUGGGCGCAGCAACAUCGUGCCCUCGCUGAGCCUGGCCAGCGCCACCUCGGACACGUCCACGUACUUCAAGAAUCUGGAGGAGAGCAAGGAGCGCCACGGCCAGGCGGCCUUCGAGGACUGGAAGGCGCGCAAGGCGGCCCAGAAGCAGAAGAGCCUGCUGGCCGCCAAGCAGGAGCGCGAGAAGCGCGAGGCCGAGGUGGCCCUGCGCCAAAAGCUGUCCCAGGAACGCUUCCAGGAGUGGUGUCGUCGCAAGGAGCUGCAGCAGCAGAAGCAACAGCAGCAGCAGCAGCUCAACCGGAAGAAGACCUCCACCUCCAGCCAGUCGAGCUCGGGCAACUCCUCGGCCUCGAGCUAUAUUUCCGGUUUCGGAUCUGCUUCCGGUUUCGGUUCCGGCUCGAGCGUCGGUCCCGUGAAGAAAGUACCGCCCGAGGUCACAAAGCAACGGAUCCAGGAGUGGGAGCGAGUCAAGAGGCAGCAGCAGCAGAGCGAAAGGGAGCGCCUGCGCAGACUGCAGGACAACAAGCAGAAGCUGGAGGAGGAUCGCAAGCAGCGCUCGCAGGGCGCCUGGAAGAACUGGAUGAAGCAGGUGGAUAAGCGGGCCAAGCCGGUGCCCCUCAACCAGGGAUUCGAUACACUGCGCGGCACCAUCUCGAACAUUUACAUCAAUCCCGUGCAGUGGGUGUCCAACAUCGAUCCGCAGGAGUCUGGGCGCAGUCGUUAAGAUCAAUUGCGCAUUCAAAAGUUCGUUAGUCCAUCGCCCAUUCAAGCUGAAAAACGGACAAGAACCAUUGGUUCUAAAAG